AUGUCAGAUGGGGAAUGGGUGAUGUUGACAUCAUGGGAUGCCUACAUUUCUGACACUCUAUCCUCCGGCUACAAUACGUAUAGUCCAAGCCAUUACUAUGGUAUUUCAACAAGUUUCCCUACCAGCUUCCUCAUGCAUGAUAGCACAAUGGUUGAUGAAGAGACUGGAAAGCGUUCGGCAUGUUUCGACGAUAUGAGACUUCUGAAUCAAGACGGCGGUACUUUCUUCAAUGAAUUCAGACGUAGUAUCCAAAUCGUUCAUCAGGAUGUUUCCACUGUCACCGUCGAUUUGGAACAACACUGGUCUACUUCUUUUUUUGUCGAUGAAGGAGCUGCGAUUGACUCUAUAUUCUACAGUUUCAAAGAAGGCUUGUUUUCCCAGAAAUGCUACGAGGAACCAAACGUUCGAAACAAUGGCAUGGCGUUUGACACAAUCACUAUUUCUUGCAAUUUGCUUACCCCGGUAGCCUACCUUGAGAUAUGUGUUGCCGACGACAGUGGAUUUGUUAAUCUCGAGGAUAGGGCAGUGAUUCCAAAGUGCUGCCACUCUCAACUCUCCGCCGAGGUACCGACCGUGUGCUAUUUCGUUGAGAUCCAAUGCGAGAGCCUUUGCACGAACGACGGGGACAAUGAUGGUAUGCUCGAUCGCAAGCUGCGCGGCUCCGAAACUGGUGUAACUAGUGAAUGAGAGAAAUCCUUGUGUUGUGACACGUAGCAUCUACUAUUGAUAUCUCUCAACCGAAUCAAAGGGUUCAUUGCGAGUGAUUUGCUGUGUAGGUCCCACGAAUUAAAACUCGAUCAUAGCUUGAUUCGUCACGAGUCAAGAUUCAAACCAGAAGAACAGACCAGACCCAGAAACCAUUUGUUAAUAUACUUGAAGACGUGUGUCAGGAGACACUUAGACUUGAACAAAACGAUCGGAAUACAACCAAACUGGAAGAAUCAUGCCGAAGUGAUUCUUCAGUCGGUUCCUAAGACUUUACAUUUCAUAUUUGUUUGUGACAGAAAAAGAGCUGUUUGUUACAAUAAACAGCUUUUAAUUACAUACAUUUUUAUCAGUACUUAAAUUAAUUUAAAUUAAUGUU